AUGGCCAACGCGGCGGUCAACGCGCUCAACUCGCUGCUGCGGGGCACGAGAAUCGAGGAUCAUGAAGAGGCGCUGAAGCUGGCCAAUGGUGCGAUACAGGCAGCACGGGCGAGCAGCGGUGCGGGCGAGCAGCUGGCGACGGCCCAGCACACAAAAGUGGUGGCGCUGCUGAAGCUGGACCGGUUUGACGACGCGCUGCGAGCGGUGGCAGAAGGAGGCGACGCGCUAGCGACGCGGUGCGUGCUGGAGCGGGCGUAUGCGCUGUACAAGACGGGCGAGUUGGCAGAGGCCGAGACGCUGCUGAAAGCUGACGAAAGGCUGUCGUCGUCAUCGUCGUCAAUAUCGAUUUCACGGGCACUUAAGCACGUGGCUGCUCAGGUGGCCUACCGGGCGGAGAAGUUUGGCCGCGUGGCGUCUCUGUACGGCGAGCUGUCAGAGGGUGGAGGCAAUGGUGAGAACGACGACAUCACAGGCGAAGCGCUGGACCUGCGGAUAAACACGCUGGCCACAGCAGCACAGGUCUCGUGGUUGGAGCCGACAGCAGCUGGAGCCAGGAGCAAUGCCGACGUGGGACGACGACAGGACCUGGAGACGUUUGAGACGGCGUACAAUGCGGGCAGCGCGCUGCUGGCAGGCGGUGAUGCGGCACGGGCGAGCGUGCUGUUGCGUCGAGCCCAGCAGCUGUGCGAAGCGUCCGAGGAGCUGAGCGACGACGACAAGCGAGCCGAGCUGCUGCCGAUUCUAGUGCAACAGGCCUAUGCGCUGACGCGGCUGGGCCGCCAUGGCGACGCGGCCGCACUGCAUCGAGGCCUGGGCCAGCUGAUCGACGUGGAUGAAGGCGCGACCAAGGCGGUGGCCCAAAUCAACAAUGUCGUCGUGGGUGCUGACGACAGCAACAACACCGAGACCAACCCAUAUGCAGUGCAGGCCAAGAUGGCUGCCAUUGGGUCGCCGCCAUCGGCUGGCAGUGACCGGUUGUUUGGCCACCAGGCGCGCGUCAUGCGGCACAACCAGCUCGCGCUCGAGCUGCAGUGCUUCAAGUUCAAGGGCGUGCAGACGCGGACGGCAAGACAGCUCAAGAAGCAGGUUCUCGACAGCGACCUCGACCUUGCUUCUCUGGUCGACCUCGGCCUCUUCCACGCGGCCGCCAAGGCCGGGAUGCAGACCGGCAACGAGGCUCUGCGUCGCCUACAGCCGCUGCUAGAGGACCGUCCUGGCGACGUCGGCCUGCUGCUGACAACGUUGCAGCUGCAUCUGCGCCAGAACAAGAACCCGGCUGCUGCCGUCGGCCUGCUGGAGGCCUUUUUUGCUCACUGCGAGACGCCAUGCGUGCGCUUUGCCCCCGGCCUCGUCGCCCUCGCUGUCGCCCUCUACCGGCUGCAGGGUCGUCAUGGUGCCGUGCGCACCGAGCUGGCUGCUGCUGUCGCCCACUGGCAGCUGUCCACGACGGAUGCUCCGGCUUCACUGCUCCGUGCCGCCGGCGUCGAGCUGCUGCGCUCACCCGAUCCGGCUGAUCAGGCCGUCGCUGCGACCGCGUUUGGACAGCUGCACGCGGCUGACCCGACCGACCGCGUCGCUGUGGCCGGACUUGUCGCCGCAGCUGCCACCACGUCCCCGUCCUCGGCUUUGUCGGACCACCAUCGCCAACUAGCCGCUUCGUUGACGCCGGUCGAUAAGCUCGUGCAGGGCGUCGACGUCGAUCGACUUCUGCAGGGCGGCGUAGCCGUGUUGGCUCCUGCUGCCACGGCAACGGCUCCUGCAGCAGCAGCAGCAGCAGCAGCAGCCAAAAAGCGCUCCCGCGAUGCUGAUGAGACGGCAGCCAACACGCCGCUGGCCAAGAAGGCCAAGACGCCCGCCACGCUUUCGCGACAGGCCCGCAAGCUGCAGGCCAAGGAUGCGGCCACAUUUGACGCCGCCAAGACGCCGGACGCCGAGCGGUGGCUGCCGCUGCGCGACCGCAGCUCGUACCGUCCGCCCAAGGGAAAAAAGGGCGGCCGGCGACGCGGUGCCGACGCGGCCACCAUGCAGGGCGGCGUCGUGCGCGAAGAGGAGACGUUGGCGCUGGCUGGCGGCGCUGGCUCGGUCAAGGUCGAGAAGGCGUCGGUGCUGGGGCCCGGUGGCAACAGUGCGGCCAAGAAGCGGAAGAAGGGGAAGAAAUGA